GCUUGGUCAGUGGCCAACCUGAAUAGUCCUCUAUGUUUCACUCUCACACAGCAACACCCUGAUUUCUUCACCUGCACUGGUCGUUGCCCAAUUGUUUCUUCUUUGCUCCUUUUGCAGUACCUUUUACUUCUUUAUAUUCCAUUUGUCUCCCCUUUCCCUCUCAACAAUUCAGUAUUAAACCUUGCUCUUCCUAUAUAAAACCCCCAUAUUCAUCACCCUUUGUUUAUAUGAAAUUUUCUGGGUUCCAAUCCAUGGAGAGUGCUGCAAUUAACUGUGAUGAACAACAAAAAUGGGAAGCUGGGGAAGAAGAAGAAGAAGCAUUGUCAUUGUGUGAUCUACCACUCAAUUUGGUUAAAGAAGAGAAUAAAAUCCAACCAAGGAAUGAAGAAGAUGGCGAAUCCCAAGCCAUUAAAACCCAAGAUGAUUUCAACUUUGGCUCAUGUGGUGACUUUUUGUCCACAAAACCAGAAAUGUGUGCAGCUGAUGACGUGUUCUUGAAAGGCCAAAUUUUACCCUUUCGUGUCUCUGUUAGUUCAGACCGUGGCUCAACAAGGUGCCUUCUUCAAGAUAGCCAGAAAACGAGUCGGUUCUUGCCAAGGUCCGAGUCCAUGGACUAUGGUUCGUUAAGUAGGUUCACAAGUGCCACUAGCAGUAGCAGAAGCAGCAGCACCGGAAGUAGCCAUUACUCAACGAAUAGUAGCAGUAAUUCCAGCAAGGUUACAGCAAGGGAUUUCAAUUCAAUUACAACUCCUAAAUCAGAGCCGAACGAAACCAGAAACAACUUCAACACACAUCCAAGUCCAAAACCACAGAUAAGGUUGUCUAAAACUCGACCAGUAAACGUCAGCAGCCGAAACCAGACAUCAUCAAUGUGGGAUUUUUUUAGGCUGGGCUUGGUUCGAGCACCAGAACUUGAACUGGACUAUAUGAAAAUCCGUAACAACAAUUCGAAUCGAAAUUCUGUCAGCCGAACCAGCAGUUGCAAUAGCAGUAACAUUAAUCAGCUAGAUUCGAUCAAAGGGUUGUUAAGAAAAGGGUUGUUCGGUGGAUGUAAAUGUUCAGUUAAUGUAGUCGAAACAGUUCUACUGAACAAAAUAGUGGUCAUCAAAAAUAUGAUGAAGAAGAACAGUGAAAAAGAGAGAACAAUGUUGCAUGCCGCCAUGGAAGAGAAAACGAAGCUGCUGCAGCAUGAACGGAAGAUAAAGAAGAAAAUGAAAGAAAAGCCAGAAGGAAAGCAAACUUUAUCACGUCAUCGAACGUAUGAAUGGUUAAAGGAGCUUUGA